GAGGUCUCUGUAAUCAUCCACCUACUUCCCCGAUUCCAACGGCCUGGGGUCGAGUCUCAGCAUGAAGGUAUACAAUACACUAGCAGCCUGCUUGGCUAUUCUCAGCUUCACAUCAGCCCUUCCACAGACAACGAAACAUGGAGCCCAGCCACUUUCGCUGCAAAUGGCCCAGUCCAUCAUGUCUCGCAAGCAAGGCGUCUUGGCCAACAUGAGCGAAGUUUCCGCUCUACUCCAAGCUGGUUUCACUCAAAAAGCAUUCCAUGCAAUCGUUCUUCAACAUCCGGAACACAAGUCCCAAUUUAACGCGUACAUCGCCAAGAGCAUUGAUUCCGUGGUUCCAGUCGUCUCCAAUGCAACACGCGACGUCAGUCUCCCGAUGGAUCGACUAAGCAAUGGAAACGAGUUACUACGCGUCUACACAGAACCCGGAAAAGCAAAUUACCAAAAAGCGCUGCAUGCGCUGCGAAAGAGCAUAGAUCUACAACCCAGAAACGCGCAGCAUGGGCUUUGGUACUACGUAUAUCCGUAUUGGAGCUAUCUGGACGGCAUGUACAGUUUUGCUCCCUUCAUGACUGCAUACGCCAAAACCUGCGACAACUCGGCUUCUGGGGUUGACGACGUGGUGUUGCAGAUAGAUCUUCUCUGGCAGCACUGCUACGACCACAAGACUGGCCUUUUAGUCCACGGUUACGAUGCCAGUAGGAAGGCUGUAUGGGUAACCAGCACUGUCACAGGCGCAAGCCCGCAUGUUUGGGGCCGAAGUCUGGGAUGGUAUUGUAUGGCACUCAUCGACACAUUCGAGCUACUCCCAACCACCGCCCACACCGCCCGCGCAUACAUGGCCGACCGCUUCCAGGAGCUAAUGGAGGCGGUUGGACGUGCUGUUGACGCCGAGACGGGUGCGUGGUGGCAGGUUAUGGAUCAGCCGGGGCGGAAGGGGAAUUACAUUGAGAGUAGUGCGAGUAGUAUGUUUGUGUAUUCGAUGCUCAAGGGUCUUCGUCUAGGCGUCCUAUCUCCGCAGACAGCAUUCAAUUCUACUGGCCCUUCGGGGGCUAGUCGGUCGGUUAUCAGAGAUACGGCGACGAGAGCAUACGAGUACAUUGCCAAGACUUUUGUCGUAGAGAAUGGUACUGCACUGGGGUGGAAUGGAACCGUGGGUGUAUGCAGUUUGAACUCGACUGCGACGUUUGAAUACUAUGUCGGACGACCACUUGUCUACAAUAGCGUUCUCGGUUCUGCUGCGUUUGUGUUGGCAAGCUUGGAAUACGAGAGAUUGACCUAGUUUUGAGGAUAUAAAACAAGGUGUUGAGAACAAGCAAGUUGGACUUGGAAGGCGUAAUCGUGCAUGUGCAUGUCUACUUUGGUGUUGUGCAUGCUAUAGCGCAUGGGUCGCCUGCCAUCAGAGGCGCGGGGUUGCUUGACAGGGCAAAGGCCAAGAUGCCAUUCGCUGAUUGCGCACAUGUAGCCGUAAUGACAACCAUGUGUCUUCUG